AUGACCGAAGACGAUUAUGGACUCGAGCAAGAUUUGGUGCGGAUUCUUCAAAAUCAAACUGGAGAUCAUGGUCAAGAAACCGCGAACCACAACCCCAGCAAUCUAUCCAAGAAGAUAGACGAGCUUGAUACGCUCUAUAAUCAAAUUAAUUCAAAAGUCAAUCCAAUGGGGGACGGCGAUCUAGAAAGGUUAUAUUCUUCUCACAAGGGUUGUUUUAACCUUCGAUGGGAAGAUGUAAAGAAAGAAAUCAAAGACAUCAGACUGGUGCAAACAAACAUGCUCUAUCGAAUUGUCAAAAGUGAAGCACCACGAGCAUCAUUUUCCUGGCUCGUCAAGUGCCUGGCACUCGAUUUCCCUCAUCUUUUGAAAGAGCAUGAAAGCCGUGGCGGGGCAUUGAAUCAUGCUAUUGAAAACAAUAUGAGCUGGUUUGUCAACGAUAUUCUGAAUAGCGAAAUUUCCACUGUUGAGCUUCAAGAUAUUUUAGGGUGGGAAGAGAAAGGGGACUUCGAAAACUGUGUUUUAUCAGCGGUUAAGAGUGAACUGGAUACCGAGACUAUUCACAUGACGAAAAGGAUCGGACAGCUUUACACCGUGCUGUUGAAUGGCCUAAAUGUCGAUGGAACGAAUCCCAAAUCGACAUUGUGA